UCGAACUGCUUUACAAAAGUAAUCUGUCGACAAUGGAGUGUGCCUCUACAGCAGAUAUCUCUGCAGAGAUUGAGGAUGAAUUUGAAGAUGAACAUGAAGAAAAGGAAGCAGAAGCAGAAUCUGAAACUGAACAACAAGAAGCCCCCGAGGACAUCAAGACAAUUUUCAACACGACCCAUAGGGAUUGGAUUCCCUCCACUUACUGUACUAUUCCAAAGGAGUUCUAUCUGUUUGCAGGUUAUGACAUCAGCAUCCACGAAUCGACAGAUCACUUUGGAGCAGUGAUCUGGCCUGCGGCAAUUGAGUUGUGCCACUUUUUAGAAAACAACUGGAAGGAAUUUGAUCUUACUGACAAGAAUAUAUUAGAAUUAGGAGCUGGAACAGGACUGUUAUCUAUUGUGGCUUGCUUACUAGGUGCCUAUGUAACUGCUACUGACCUCUCCUGUUCAUUGGGUAAUUUACAAAGUAAUGUUAUGAGAAAUACACGAAACAGAAGCAGACAUCUACCUCAGGUUAAGGAGUUGGCUUGGAACAUAGAUAUGGAUAAAAACUUCCCUCACUCUGAAUUUCAUUACGAUUACAUCCUCGCAGCAGAUGUUGUUUAUCAUCAUGACUAUCUGGAUGAUCUACUGGCUACAUUUGAUUACUUCUGUCAACCAGACAGUGUAAUAUUGUGGGCAAACAAACUUAGAUUUAAAUCAGACUAUGAUUUUUUGGAAAAAUUCAAGCUAACUUUUGAUACAAUAGUUCUGGCAGAUGAUGCAAAUUCUGAAAUGAUAAUAAUUAAAGGGACAAGAAAGUGUGAUAAUGAAGCUUGGUGAAAUUAAGUUUUAAAUUUCCUUUCAAAAUUUCACAGAAUCAUUCACAAUGGAAAGAUUGCAGUUUAUUAAAUCCAUUGAAUUAGAAGAUGUACUUAAUUUGAAAUGUACCAAUUCAGCAUUUUGUUCAGUUCUAUUUGAGAUAUUACCUUUAACUUGUACAGCAGUUUAUAUUGUAACACUGAACUAUCUGGGAUAUAUUUCCAGGUUAUGAAUUGCUUGCAUGGUGACAUCCGAUGUGUUUAAAUAGAAAAGAAGUUAAUUAGAAAUAUAGCCAAUUUUCGGAUCAGAUUUACACAAUUUGUAGAAGCUAAUUAAAAUUGAUGUUUAAUUACUAAAGUAAAACUUUAAUACUUACAUAAUGUAAUUAAGGGAAAGUACAAGCAAAUUUCAUCCUAUA